AGAGAGAACACCAAGUCAUGGCUUUCUGUGAUUUGGCAAGUCUGCACGUUUCCAUGUCUUUAUUCUUCGCUCUUGCAACAUAUGUUCAGAUUAAUGACCCGGACGCGGGGUUAUGGAUGGUGGGUUAUAGUGUUCCUACAGUCCUGUGUGCGGUUAUCGGCUGGAAACCCCAUGUGACAGAGACUUUGACCUGGAGGCGUGUUGCAGAUCUCCAUGUGAUGAUCUCCAGCGCCGUUGUUGCCAUGUUGGCAUGGAGUCUUAAUAAAGAGCGAAUCACAGAGAUCUUACAACAGGAGGAGGGCAGAGAAUUCUCUGGUCUCACGUUGACGGUUGUUUGGCUGCUCCUGUGUCGCCACUCUGGAAGGGCUCCAGUCGGGACGCUCAGAGUCUCAACAGCUGUUGCAAUCACGGUCCCCCUUCGUGUCCUGGCUUUACUACUUUAUCAACAAGGAGCUGACAUCAAACUGGCCUUCACAUUGUAAAACUGUUAUUUAGACAUCAGCUUCUUGUCCCAUUUUUGGCUUAAAUAUUCCUUUUUAUUAUGUUCUUUGACUGAAAAAAAUCCACAUGACAGCUAUUAACAAACUAAAACUAUUUCUUAUCCAGUAUUUACCUACACAAGCUGUUUUUUUUAUAUUGAAGUCUAUUAUAACCAUAAAUUCCAAGUACUUUAAUAUGCUUUCAAAUAAAGUACAAUGUAUAAAUACUAUGAAAUAACAUAAAUAAACUAAUUAAAUGUGAAAGUUA